AUGGCGGAGCGUACGCGCGCGGACCCGCGGGAGAUGAAGCGCCGCGAGAGCCAUCUGCGUGAAGCAGUGCGGCACCGCGAGCUGCGCGACCCGUUCACCUGGGAGUAUCGAUGGAAGAUGGCCGCGACGAUUGGGGGCUUGGGAGCCGCGUCCGCGCACGCCUACAAUAUCUGGACGCGCAAGCCGUGGUACUAUGCGGCUUUCCCUCGGCUCGCCGCGAUCUCUGCGCUCGGCUACUUGGGAUACUGUGCCGGUGUACUUCGCGAACACCACAACAAAACGCGCGACGCCAUCGUCGAGCACUACAUUAGCCUCCAUCCCGAAGAUUUCGAUCAUAUUAAAGAUCGCAAUGGGCGUCCCUGGUCGAACGUCCUUCUCCCCUGGUACCCGCAUCGCUCGCAAUACACGAAAUAUGACGCGAAA